AUGAGGAUCGUGAAGAAAGGUGCUCCACUGCUCUCUCUUGAAGAACCAAUUCUCGUCGCCAAGUUACAGAAAAUCCCUCACAAGUGCAGUCCACCAAUACGCCGCCUAGGCAGCGCAACCGAGAAAGUCGACCCUUGCAAACGAACGAGGAAGUUAAUCAGUCUCGCCCAAAUUGUAAAGGUCAUCAACGUGGCCGACCAACCAUGUGUGCGGAAGACGUUGAAAAGCUUGUGA